CACGACUCAAGUCAACAACCAUGACCCAUUGGAUCCAUUCACGGCUCCCGCUAUUCGAAGCUUGCUAAAGUUCGCUGUAAUAGUUUUUCAGUUCCAGACCCUAAAGCCUGCGCUUUGCGAUCGUUCGCUCUGGGUUGCUUCAACAGCCAUGGUUUCAGAGCCACCGCUCCCGCCUUCCAUCUCCGCGCAGCUCAAGUAUCUACUUGUCCAUUCUCCUCACCCAUUCAGGAUCGAACAGAUUUGGUCCGGUUGCAAGAAUUCACGCUUCUCCGACCGCUUUACCCUCCUAGUCCCUUUUUGUCUCGACUACGUUAAAUGGGAUAUUAUAUAUAAUGCUUUCUAUCCCUUCUCGGCACCCGACAUUGUCUUCUUGCUUGAUGAUGAAGAAUUCCGACCACUUCUUCCAGUUAGUGAUCGUGAGGGGGGAGCGGAAAUUCAAGCCCGGUUAAUGAGAAGCAGCUUGUGGGACUGGAAUAGCAAAGAUCCUUCCAGGCUUUUCAAGCUCGUGCAUGAGAUGAGGGACUUGUAUGUGCAAUAUCAGAGGAGGCGUGUGGGGGAAGUUAAUGAUGCCAGACUGAAGUUUGAGAUAAGCACAAUUCUCUCCCGGGAGGGAAUCGAAGUCUGUUUGAUUUCUGGGCCUGACAAGUCGGAGGAGGUCAAAUUUGUUGUACCAUUACUAGACGUGAAUUUGAACAAACUUGUGCACGCAUGCCCUUGGAAACAAGAACAAAAGAUCUACUUGCAGGUUGUGUUUCCUGUUUCUAAAAGUUAUUCUCUCGCUCCUUUGGCACCACGCAUAAAGUUAGUGUCUUCUUCACAGCUGAAGGACUUGUUAUCAGUUGAAGACGUGAAGCUUCCUUCUUGGGUUGAUGGAAUGUGUAUGGCUGAAUACCUUCCUUCUCUGGAAGACACUCUUAUUGUACAGGUCAUGGAGGCAGUUGCAUUUGUUGGUGCUAGAAGGCGUUUCAUUGAGGCUUUAGUCUCCAAAUUUGGAAGGCCGCUCGAAGCUGACCCGAUUUUUUGUAGGAAAGCUACCAUUCUUGCUGUCACGGGAGUUUUCACAUUCCUUGUGCACUUUUCACUUUCCACUCAUUUCCCUAAGCAACAACCUACAUUGAUUCUGCAAAGUUCCCAGCACUUCAAUUCUCAAGGAGCGCCAAUAAUGUCACCUCCUUUAAAUAAUUAUCCAUGGAGCCCUAGAUGGGAUGCAGCAGAGAUGGUUGAACGCAUAUUUGAUUUUCUUGUCAAAGAAUGUACGAGCUUCAAGACUUACUGCCUGGAUGCGGUGGUUCAGUAAUCCCUCCCGACAUGGCAUCUCUUCUAGAGAUUAGGGGAGCAAUUUAUUCCACAUUUUGGAGAUGGAAGAUUGAAGCAAACACUUCCAUGCACCUUCUACUUAUUCCUGUAAAGAGCGAGAUCAUAUUCGAGCUUCUUGGCAACUGCUACAAAUGGGUCUUCACAAACAUGCGGUAUGUGUUGUUUAUGUAAUCGUGUCUGUACAAAGUUGCACCAUGAAAUUAUUAAAAAAAAAAAAUCGAAGCUUCUAUGGCAAUUUGUAUUUUCCCCUCAUUUUAAGUUUUAACAAACCUCAAAGGCUUAUAACUUGUAAAUUUGGUUUUCUUGUAAAUACUAGAUUUAUCUUAAUUAUUAGACCAAAUUAUCUAUUUCA